GAAAACUGUGAGGGCCAACUGUGAGAGUUGUCUGGCAACACUGGCAACAGCUGAGGACUGUCAACAAGGCCUCUUACACCACCUGGGCUUAACUACUUGCUAGGAGUGAUUAAGGACUUCUUCCAAAAUGGGUGUCAUCAGGAAACUCACCAGCAGGGCUCCCGUCAUUAGUUUCAGCGAUGAAUCUAUAAACUCAUUGGGAAUCAGUCAGCCAGCCACUCCCCCGUCAGAGCCAGAGACUGUAGAAGCUGAGCCAUCUGUCUUUGCACCUCGUCGCCGUGACCCAGGACAACUUUUUCAGCGUUUAGAGAACCACCAUCAGAAUCAACGUGCUGGAGUACGCAAGACUAGAAGGGCUAAUAACACUCAAGCACUGCAGACUCUUGUGGAGGACGAGUUGGAGGAAACUAGAGAACUUAGUAUCUGUGAUCUACAGCCCAAGACCCAGAAUGCUUUUACUAAGCUGCUCAACAAUCAUGACAAUAUGAGGGUGUGGCAGUACUUUAUAACCCGGGAUGAGGAGGAGCAGAAGGAGUACUUGGAGGCCAUUCGCCCGAAGAACCCAAAUAAUCGUGCCAGUGCUGUGAGUGGCUUCUCCUUCACUCAAGUAGCUGUAAAUACUGAGGAUCCUAAAGAAGGGAACUUUACAGAAGCAGAAGGGUUUGUGAUGGUGGCUCCAGUAAGUGACUGCCGGAGUUUUCAUCCUGCUUACAAUGAAGAACAGAGGUUUGGCCUCAUGGAACCACACUUACAGUCUCUUCUCAAGAAAAAGCAUUUGCCAUUGGGUAUCCUUUCUUACCUUGAAGAGGAAAUAGUGGAAUUAUUUGUGGCAGAUCCUUCAACAGUCUAUAUAACUCAAGAACUGACGAGUUUUGAGCGACUCUUAGUACACGCUCUCUGUCAGUACAACAUUUUAACUUCUAAAAGUACUACCAUAGCAUGUGUGAGAAGAACAAAAGUGGAGAACCUUAAAAAUUGCUUCCAUUCUCCGGAGGUGUCGCUCACUCAGUACAUUGAGACCUACUACAGAUCCAAGUAACAGUUGGUACAGGAAGUUGUUAGAUUAUAUGAAAUCCUGCAGUGCUAUUAAAAUUGAGAUGGGAUUUUUUAAGCUAUCAUAUUCAUCUAAAAUAUAGUUCAAAAUAAUUACACGGAGAGCCGUAAAGUAAUUGAAAUUUUAAUGAAUUUUUGUCUGUUUUCAUGACUUUUAAUUUUAUACUUAUGGAUGAAGGUAUCAAGACUGUAUCAACACAUGUUCUGUGUUGCAUUUGCAAAUGCACUUCAAAGAUAUGGUAUUCAUGACUCUUAGGCUUUUCCUGUGUUAUAAUAUACAGUACAGUACAGUUCAGCCGUAAGCAGUUCAUUAUGUAAUACUGUACAUUUGGGUAAAAAUAAUAUUAUUCUGGAGGCAUAAUAAUCUGUUUUGUUACUUAGGAAAAUGUAUGAAACAUGACAUGCAAAUAUGUAAUGACCAUGAAACCGUGUUUUAGGACGUUCACAGAGAACUUUAAGGUAUUUUCCUUGAAAUUGGGUUUAAUAAUGUUGUGUAUAUCUAAAUAUUGUACCAGAGGCUUUUCUCAAAUUUGCUGGGUUUUUAUGUUUUAGUUAGUGAUUGUAAAAUGAAUAGUAAGUGUUUAGGAUAGAGUACUGUAUUUUGUUUUAUUUAUGUAUUUUUAUUUUAUUGUAAUUGUUAAAAUCUUACAUUUGUUUAAGAUUAUAUACUGUAUAACUUUGAAACCAUUUAUAACGAAGGAGGGAGUACUGUACUCAGUGCUUACUACCCUGCCGUUUGAACCUGUUGUUCGCCUUCUGUACUUUGCUGUUAUUCCACAUUUAGCGAUAAUUUCGCUUAACAUUUGGUCCACCGCCUGCCACCAAAAGCUUCAGGUCGGGAUCACUGAGGUCCUAGGGCAUGUCAACUGUAAAUACAAUACUAGUGAUAUAGGUGUCAGUUAAAAGCGCAAUUUUCUUUUCACACCACAAAUCAGUUUUUAGUUCAAUUGUGAGGCGGGCACAGCCGUUGUAAAUAACUCAAUACGGCAAAGUAACGACAAAAUUGCUUUAAACGGUUGAAUGUUUGGGGAGACCUUUCAUUCUCACCAUGAUGCAACGUUGCCAUACACCACCUCCCUCCCCUUCCUGCUGAAUUAUUUUUGUCCACAACUGCACAUAUUAGAUCCAACCCUGCAUAUAAACAAGGGCCUCCUGUACAUUAGUACUAGCAACUGAUGGAAAUCCACGUACCGUAUUGUAAUAACAAAACAUUAUUUUCAGUAUUGAAAAUGAGUUGCACUUCUUUUUGGUCAGUGAUAUAAAAGACAGUGUAAUAGUGAGAAAGCCCUCUGUUGAUGGUGGUUAAUAAGUUCAUUCUUGAGUGUGUGUGUAGUGUGUAUUCUCCAUUUAAUGACAAAUGUCCAUUUAUAUUGAAAUAGAUGUGUUGUUAGCGUGCUCCUCCAUCUGCUGUACCUGUCACUUCCCACAAGCCAACACUUCCUUCCAUAAAAAUCACUUAACA